UAUUCUGACUCGAAGUGCUGUGCGCCACGGUCGAAGCAGCAGCCGUGGUCCAUCCUGCGCAGAGAAGAAAUCACGAUGAGGCUAGGACUUGUCGUCCUCCUCAGCCUCGCGGUUUGCGCCGCAGACACGUCUGGCAAUGAGAGCGAGGUCUACAUUCCACCUCCGUUUUUUGACGGAGGAGAAAACUUGAGUUGCCAGAACUGUGGAGAUAAAACAACUCUGGACCAAUGGGGUGUUUUCCUUAAAAACAUACUUACUGAAGACUAUUGCUAUGAAUUUGUGGCUAUUUCUCAAAGGACUAUUUUUGGACCAGGUUAUUGCCCGUUCGCUGAAAGUGAAUUAACUGAUCUACGGGUAUUUCCGAAAAAAUGUCGUGAACGCGAAACAGAAGAGGAAUGCAUCAGAUUGUCCGUCAAAGUACUGGGUGUCAUUGAAAUUGCCAUAAAUCCAACAGAUCGAUUUAAAUUCAAGAUUUGGAUAACUGAGGAAAUGCCGAGUGAGGUUACUCCCAUUUGUUUGUUCAACCGUGACAACGUCAUGGACUUGCAACUGCAAAGAGAAUCACCCUACUUCGAAUGGUCAAUACUAGGCACUAUUUCAUCUGACCCUGCAAAGGUGACGGGCCAAAGCAACUGUAGCAGGCAUCUAAGCAGUACUGAUUUGAGAAGUUUGGAAUUUUAUAAAAUUCCCAUCCAGAAUAUGCUGUGUGUACAGAAAACCGAUUUCAACUCUGAUUAUCUGAUCAAUCUCUACAAAGGCCGGUAUUUCUUGAGAGGUGUAAAAUAUUCUUGGCGACGAGUUUACAUUGAUAUAUUGGCAUACAUUGACGUGAUCGCAAGGAACGCAAAUGACAUUUCUGCUCUACGCCCGAUCCCGGAAAUAAAACAAUCGAGAGGAUUCACCGCACCAAACAACCUAAGUUUCCCAAACUGCGGAAGGAAACGAGAAAAUGACGAUUCUUCCGGAGGCGACCAUCCGUGGCAUGCUUACAUUGAGAAUGAGGUGACUGGAGAAGCCUAUGGCGGAACAUUGAUUUCGCCGACAGUAGUUUUGACUGCUGCACAUUGCCUUCAUGGAUCGAAAGCAGAGGACCUCACAGUUGUUGUUGGGAUUUAUGAUAAAAGACAAAGAAAAGCUCCUAGCGUUCAGAGAAGAAAGCCCAGCAGGCUGAUCACGCACCCGAAAUACGACGCUGCGGAAUUAAUUAGUGACGUCGGACUCAUGAUUUUGAACGAAACAAUGGAAAUAACUGACAAUGUACGACCGAUUUGCUUGUGGAACGACGACUCUGACCCUAACUUGGAUCACGUGGCUGGCACUGACGCUAUGGCGGUUGGGUUCGGGCUUGUCGACAACCACACGCAGACAGACGUACUGCAAGGGGUUCGACUGCCGAUUAGAGCUCACAAAGAGUGCUACUUGUCGAAAAGGGGAUUUUUCGGGAAAUAUUUGAGGCCGGGAGACAACUUGUGCGCCGGAUACACGAAUGGAACGACCCCCUGCAACGGGGACAGCGGAGGAAGCCUUUCCGUGGAAAAAGACGGCCGCUGGUUCAUCAGGGGCCUUGUCGGAUUUGGAAAGGAGAAAAAAGUGAUGUUUGAGGGCAAAAAUACAUCGUUGUGUCACCCUGAUCAGUUUUCCUUGUUCGCUGACGUCGCAAGUCACAUGGACUGGAUCGUGGAAAACACGCCGGACGUUUCAUUCCGAAAUUAAAUACAUGUUUUGAAAAAAGUUUGGCAAGAGGAUUGAUGGUUAUAUAUAUUCAGUAGAAAAAUGUAAGUGGUCAGCAUAAUCACGUGUCAAAAUAUUUUAGCUUUUGUUGAUUUUAUAAUAAAUAAUUGUUAUAAAAGUUUUGA